CAGUGCUCAUCAGCUGAACACAGACAGCACUGAUUCCAGCAUGCUGCAGUUCGCCUUCCUCAACAUCUUCCUCUUCACCUCUGCCCUGUCUUCAGGAUGGGCAAGAAGUGUAGAUCCAGAACCGAGAAUCACCAGCCUUCCCAUGAUGAACGGCAUGUGCAGCAAUUGCAACAAGAUUGUGCAGUUACUGACAGAAAUGCUCUCCCAUCCAGACUCACAGCACCUGAUUGAAAAAGCGGUGGACAGGUUUUGUUAUGAACACCCCGUCAUCCCCUUGUGUAUGGACGGAGCAAAGACAUACAUUCAUUUGAUCAUCAGACAUUUCAGUGCAUUCACAAAAGAAAACAGUGACGUGUGUUCAAUGCUGGGACUGUGUGCCGUCCAGCCUGAGAGAAAAUCAGCAUCAGAGCUCGACUUCAGCCUGAAUGAACAGGGUUUGAUCUACACAAAACCCUCAAGAGGAACUGGUCCAGAGGUUCGUAUCAAUCCCGUCUGUAAUUUCUGCCUCCUCUUCAUCAAGACAGUAGAGAACUUGUUGCCAAAAGAGAAAACUGAAGCGGCUAUAGAAAACCUGUUGGAGAAAAUCUGUAGUUAUUUGCCUGAACAAUAUGAGGACACAUGCAACACCUUUGUGAAAACCUAUGGAAAGCAGUUAAUUGAGCUCCUGCUGUACUCCAUGCCUCCUCAUGCCAUCUGCACCGCACUGGGACUCUGUCUCUUUCCAGAAACACCAGCGAUGGCCUUGUCGGCAGCACAAACGGACUGUGACUCCUGUAAGAUUCUAGCGGUUCUUUCUCAGUUUCAUUUGGGUCUGAAUGCAACAGACACGCAGACUUCUGACCUGCUGCAGAAGAUCUGCCACCUCCACCCUGGUGCCAUCCCUCAAUGUGAAGGCUUUGUGAAGUUUCACGGCCACAGACUCCUGAAGACUGAUGGGAAACAUCCUCUGAUCACUGCAUGUCUGAAAGAUGACCUUUGCAGCGGACAAAACUGAAAGAGAUCCAUUGAUAGUGAAUUUCUGUAUUAGUUUACUUGAUCACGCAUUUUCUGUACACUUUCUUGCCACGCACAAACUGAAGGAACAUUUGAUAAAGCUGCCUAAUUACUAAUUAUCAAUCUUGUACACACAAAUCAACAGUUUUUAUAGUAAGGCUUUUGUGUGUUUUUAAAGAAGUCUCUUCUGGAGCAUUUAUUUGAUCCAAAGUACAGCAAAAACAGUAAAACAUCUUAAAGUCCACAUGAACCAGAAGCUGCGAGUGUUUUUUUUUUUUCGUAUUGUGAUGCAGUUCCUAGAGAAACAGAUUAUUAAAUGAGAAAACAGUGGGCGUGGCUUGUUUUUUCUACUGCGAGCUGAUUGGAUGUAGAAAAGUAGGCAUUUCAUUCAGAAAGAUGAGUGAAAAACAUUACAACCUAACAGACUCCUCCUCCUCGCCAUUUGUUGUCAAAACUGACAGCUGGAGGGGCGUGGUUAAGUAUGUUAGCCCCGCCCACUACCUCAGACAGAUCUAAUCUGAGUAUGUAACUGAAAACAAACAGGAAGUGCAUUUUCAGAUUUCUAUUAAAGAUUACAAGAGCAAACUAUUAUUUUUUCUUCAUGACAUGCACAGAUGAAUUGUUCAGCACAAAACUAGCAAUGCAAGCUAACUUCACUGUACUUUGGGUCAAAUAAAUACAGGCUUGGUGAGCAGAAGAACACAUUAAAAAUCUGGGCUGUGCUACAAAGUUUGACCAAUAGUGUACAUUUAGUAGAAUAAUCCAAACCACACUGGAUAAACAUUUAAUAGGAAACCAGUCAACUUAACCAACAUCUUGAGUAAAACUAUAUUAAACUCUUACUUCCUCGUUUUCAGACUGAGAUGAUGUUCAUUUUUACAUGACAUAUUUAGAGGAUGUAAAAAUAAAAGUAAUCCUUAAAAGCGACAUUUACUGUAUGUUUUUUUAAAAGAUGUUUUUGUUGCUUCAUAAGUGUAGCUGA